AUGACAAUCGCACCGAUGCAGACCCAGGUUACGAAAAGACCUCAAUCGAAUCUGACAGCGAAAAAUCCAGAUCUCGAAAUCGCCGAUGGGUUGCUCAAGACCUGGAAUGCUUACCAUCAUGGUUCAUGGAGAGGAAGCAUUUCAGCGAAGAAGAAACUCAAGCCGCAUUCCUGGCAGACUCUAAACAUCCAGGGAGCUUUCGAGCGAUUCAUGCUGCUUUCAAACGACAAAUGA